AUGGACUUUUCAACAUCAGAUAAGCAGGAGCCCAUCGCUAUUGUUGGUGCCGCAUGUCGCUUUGCUGGCGAAGUGUCCUCCCUGGAAUCACUAUGGGAUAUGAUCAGUAAGGUCAAGACCGGCCACGGCCCAGUCCCCAGCGACAGAUGGGACAGCAAGAUGUGGCACCAUCCUGAUCCAGACCGAAAAGGCGGAAUCAGUCCACAGCAUGGGUACUUCCUCGAGCAGGAUAUUAGCCACUUUGACGCUCCCUUCUUCUCAGUAACAGCCAAAGAGGCUGCUUCCAUGGAUCCGAUGAAGAGGAUGUUGCUCGAAGUAUGUUACGAGAGCUUUGAAAAUGGCCGUCAACGAGAAUUCGGUGUUGAUUACUUGUCUGUAGCUGGCAUUCCCGUCGAGGAUUUAAUGGACAGCCGUACAGGCUGCUACGUCGGUUGCAUGACGAAUGACUAUGAAAUGAUCUCCUUGCACGACAUCUACAACAUCGGACAUCCGGCAGCAACGGGUUUAAGCGAAGCCAUGACCGCUAAUCGGGUGUCCUGGUUCUUUGGUCUCAAGGGUCCCAGCUUGACGCUUGACACCGCUUGCAGCUCCUCGCUUUACGCUCUUCAUCUUGCAUGUCAGUCACUUAGGCUUAGAGAAACCAACAUGUCUCUCAUCACCGGAGUCAACCUCAUGAUUAACCCCAAUACCUCACACCAGCUGACUGCAAUGCACAUGCUCAGCGCUGAGGGUAUUUCACACACAUUUGAUGACCGUGCCAAUGGCUAUGGUCGUGGUGACGGCAUUGGCGCCCUGGUUGUCAAACGUCUGUCGGAUGCUAUUCGCGACGGCGACACUAUCCGCGCUGUGAUCCGAGGUUCUGGUGUCAACGCCGAUGGCAAGACACCCAGUGUUACGCAACCAAGUCCCACAGCACAAGCCGAACUGAUCAUCCAGACCUACGAUGAUGCAGGUCUAGAUCUGUCAGAAACGGGGUACUUUGAAUGCCAUGGCACAGGGACGCCAGUUGGCGACCCUCUUGAACUCGCCGCCAUUGCUUCGACCCUUGGUGCAGCAAGGCGUGCUGCUGGAAGGCCUCCUCUUCACAUUGGAAGUAUCAAGCCUAGCGUAGGCCACACAGAGGGAUGUGCUGGUCUUGCCGGCGUGUUCAAGUCCAUCUUGCUACUUGAAAAGGGAAUGCUGGUCCCCACAUAUGGCGUAAAUCGGGUGAACCCGAAAUUGAAGUUGAGCGACUGGCAUCUUACUCUUCCCGAGGAUGUCGCGAGAUGGCCAACGCCAGGACUACGUCGGAUUAGUGUCAAUUCAUUCGGGUUCGGUGGUGCCAAUGCUCACGUUAUUUUGGACGAUGCCUACCACUACCUCCUAGAAAGGGGGUUGAAUGGCAAGCACAACACUGUCAUAGGUGACUCUGGUUCGGAUUCUGGCUUCGAGGAUACAUCAGACAGUGGAGUCGUCCACAAUACACACAGGAAGCUGUUUCUCUUCACCGGCAAAGACCAGACUGGAGCCAAGCGUGUAUCCGAGGCCCUAAAUGCAUGGCUGCAACAAGUUCCAGAGAAUAAACAGGACCCAUCCUUGCUGGAGAAUCUCGCAUUCACACUAGCGCAGCGCCGCACACAUCUAGAGCAUAGAAGUUUCGCAAUUGCGGAUUCGAUGUCCGAGCUCACAGAGAGGCUAUCGAGAGGCCUGCCAGCAGCAACUCGAACACAACGUCAUGGCGAAAACCUCGUUCUGGUAUUCACCGGUCAGGGCGCUCAAUGGCCGGCAAUGGGUCGCGAACUUUUCGAGAACGCCAUCUUCCGUGCAAGCAUUGAUGCUUCGCAGUCUUAUCUCGAGUCCUUCGGCUGCAAGUGGAAUGCAAUUGAAGAAUUGGGCAAAAUAUCCAACCCAAACGUCAACCUCCCAGAGUACAGCCAGCCCCUCUGCACGGUGGUCCAGGUCGCGCUGGUGGAUCUUCUUCGCUUCUGGAAGGUUUUGCCCAAAGCUACAAUUGGACACUCGAGCGGCGAGAUUGUCGCCGCAUACGCCGCAUCGCUUCUCACACACCACGAUGCCGUCAAGCUUGCCUAUGUCCGUGGUCUCAGCUCCGCUGCUGUCUCCAAGAAAGGUGCAAUGAUGGCUGCUGGGCUUUCUCAAAAUGAUGCCCAGAUAUACCUUGAGAAGAUCCCGGCCGGGUCUGCAGUCAUUGCCUGUAUCAACAGUCCCUCCAGCGUGACGCUCUCUGGUGAUGUCGACGCUAUUGACCAGCUGGAAGCCCUGAUAUCUUCCGAUGGUAAAUUUGCCCGGAAACUCAAGGUCACUACCGCGUACCACUCUCCUCACAUGCGUGAGGUCGAGCAAAAGUAUCUGGAUAUGAUUGGUGAAAUAAUACCAAUGGAAGCCAAUGAGACAGACAACAGCCCAGUCAUGUAUUCGUCGCUCACCGGGUCCAUCGUCUCUUCUGCCAAGGAGCUGAACGCCCAGUAUUGGGUUGACAAUAUGCAGAGUCCCGUGAACUUCUCACAGGCUCUUUUAGCAUUGCUGAAGCACAAGAGAGUCGCUCCAGGCGGCACCCGCCCCGUGUCCGUACAGUGGGGAAGCUUCCUUGAGGUUGGCCCUCACGCAGCUCUCCAGGGACCCGUGCGACAGAUCAUUGACGCAAGCAACAACAAGUUUGCCAAGUCCGCACCUUACGCCUCCAUGCUUGUUCGCGGAAAAGACGCAACGGAGACAGCCCUGAACGCUGCCGGUGUGCUCUGGGCUGCUGGCUGCAAGGUCGACAUGGCUGCGGUCAACCAGCAGCCCUCAACGGGGAGUAACACUCCUCAGAUGCUUUGUGACUUGCCCCGUUAUCCCUGGAACUACACAAGGAGCUACUGGCAUGAGUCGUACUCGUCACGCUCGUACCGCUUCCCUCCACACAUGCGCAACGACUAUCUGGGAAUGGCGGAAGAUUCUCAAAACAGCCAUGAACCACGAUGGAGAAACUACCUGCGCAUCUCUGAAAAUCCAUGGAUUGAAGACCACACAAUCACCGGAACUGUGCUAUAUCCUGGCGCAGGCAUGCUUGUUAUGGCCUUGGAAGGCGCACUGCGCACCGCAGACUCCUCCAAGACGAUUGAGGGUUUCCGCAUGACUGAUGUCACGUUUGAGCGUGGACUCGUCAUCUCCAUGGAUGAGGAUGCGCCCGUGGAGACGCGAAUCAGUUUCCACCCCCACAGCGUGAAGCCCGACUCAUGGCUCUUCACUGUCUAUUCGAUGAGCAGAGGCUCCCCGUGGGCGAAGCACUGCGCUGGUACCGUUGCUGUCGUGUACGAGAACAAAGCGAGCGAGGUUGAAGACAACAAUGCAGAUGCAUUGUGGCAGAAGCAAUCGGGCUUGCGCAAGACCCUACUAUCCGAAGCCGACUCCGUACAUGUCAACGUGGAUGAGUUCUACAAGAAUUUGUACACCAUUGGCAUGCAGUAUGGUCCAUCAUUUCGCAAUGUCCAGUCCCUCACGGCAGUACCAUCCAAGAAGGCCUCGUACGGAUCUGCAUCUGUUCCAGACACCAAGUCAACAAUGCCCAAGAGUUACGAGACCCCCCAUGUGAUUCACCCGGCAACCAUGGACUCCAUCUUCCACCUAGCCAUUGCGUGUCUCGAUGCCGGCCAGCAAGUCAAACAAGCCGCGGUGCCGUAUAACAUCGAAGAGAUUUACGUCGCCCAUGAUCAGCCGAAAGAGGCUGGAGCACUAUACUCUGGGUAUGCCCGCCUGCUGUCCCAGAACGGCCAUGAGAUCACCACCGAGCUGGUUGUCUCUGACCAGGAGUGGGCAAUACCAAAGCUUACUGUCAAGAACUUUGCCCUACGCCAGGUCACUUCUGGACUCGGCUCGGAGGCUUCCGAUGCCGCAUCUUCUGGUGGUGCUGUCAAGAACUGUGCCGGCAUCACCUGGACUCCUGAUCUCUCUUUCUCGGCCAGCAGGGAGCAUUUUUCGAAGCUCGUUCUCCCCGGAAAGUCGGCCGCGUUGGUCGACAGUUGGCUUAACGCUGUAUUCCUUAAGACAUCAAACAUCACCGCCCUCAUUGUCAUGUUCGAUGAGUCCGAAUGUAGCAUCGAUGUUCUCCGCCGCCUCAGGAGCCACACAUAUGGCUCCAUUAACAUCAUUGCCCUCGCCACAUCUGAGUCAGUAUUGCAGUUGAUGCAAAACACCCUUGGCGAAGACAAUGAAAAAACAACCAUCACUUAUGAGUGGUUAUCGGAGAGCCAGCUUCUGGAGACUCUGGCCCCAGAAGCUAAUGAUAUCGUCAUCGGCUUGGGCGUUCCUGGCAUCGCCAAGCACGCUGCCACGUUUGCAAUGCUGGCUCCUCUGGCGUGCCUCACUCAGGCUGGUCAGCCAGAUGGUAUGGAAAUUAUUGUGCCAGGUCGCGAGUGCGUUGGCCACCUAGCGGACGAUGAGAUCUACGUCCUUUUCGCAUCAAGCACCAGUCCUCCGUCGGCCGAGCUUCCCGACUCUGUGGUUCUUCUCUUGCCUGAAUCGUCAUCCACCAUCCUCAGUACAUUUUCUGCCACCAUUCAGACCAAGCUUGAACGCUCCGGUAUCUCAGUCUCACAGACACACCUGACUCCCAGCGGCGUGGCUUCACUCGCUGGUAAAUAUGUCAUUUCUCUCCUCGAGAUUGACAACCCACUGGUGUACGCCUGGGAUGAAGAUCAAUUCAACUCAUUCAAGACACUCAUCUCCUCGGUUGGACACCUUUUCUGGAUUACUCACGGCAGUGUACUUGAGAGUUGGUCGAACGGUGUGGAAUUCGCGACAACUCAGGGUCUGUUCCGCGUGAUGCGCAACGAAUACCCAAUUGCCACCUUGCCAACUAUGGAUCUGUCCGCAGUGGCUGACAUUUCCAAUGUCCAAUACGCAGAUCUGGUUCUCGAAGUUUGGCGAACGUCUCUGUCUGAGGACGCGGAAAUGGAAUACGCCGAAGGCAACGGGUUGAUUUACAUUCCUCGUGCUACUGAAGAGGCUGAUUUCGACCACGAACUGCAGUUGGCGAGCAACACCGCGAAGCCAAUCGUGUCGUCUCUGGGCGCUGCUGGAAAGCCACUGAAGGCAAGCGAGUCUGCAAACACCCAAGGUUAUGUCUGGAUCGCGGAUGAGCAAGCGGAAUCACCACUUGAAGCAGACCAAGUGGAAAUCAAGGUCGAGUAUGCUGGAGUCGGAAUGGGCCAGAAAUUGAACUCUGUCCGCCACGCCGUUGGCAUCGUUACCCAGAUAAGUGACUCGGUCAAGGAUUUGCAGCUUGGUCAGCGUGCCAUUGUUUUCUCUGACGCCACUGCAAAAACCCAUGUCCGCCAAAGCGAGAACCUGGUUGUACCGCUGCCCGACGGCCUUGAGCCACCAGAGGCAGUUGCGCUUGUCGAGCCACUGGUUACUGCGCAGUAUGCGCUUAUCGAGAUCGCUCAUCUCAGUCACGGUCAGGCACUGCUGCUUGAUGACGCUACCAGCGCCGUUGGACAAGCCUUGGUACAAGUUGCCAAGGCUGUUGGAGCCGACAUCUUUGCUCUAGUUCACAGCAGAGCAGCACGCGAUACCAUUGCUGACCGAUAUUGCAUCCCUACAGACCACAUCUUCGACGCGGCUUUGGGCAACUUCGUGCCACUCAUUCAGAGUGCUACCCAGAACCGCGGUGUUGAUGUCGUUGUCAGCCAGCAGGUCGGCACUCAUGUUACUGGCGCUGUGUCGAUUCUGAGCGACUUUGGCCAGUUUGUCGACAUGACCGGUGAGAGCUCCCGAGCUCUUUUGCCGGCAGCUAAAACCAACGCUACUCUUGCUCGCAUCGACAUAGCCACCGUAAUCCGAGACAGACCCGCCAUUGUCAGCAAGCUCCUUCGGAAAGCCUUUGAGGAGUACAUCCUACAGGGACCUUUCCCGUUGACAGUGGCGCCAGCUAUCAACCUCUCCGCCUCGGUGAAUGACAUCCACACCGAGCAAGUUGUCAUUUCCUUGGACGACGCCAGCCCUGUGCUGGUGCCUGCACCCCCAGGCGAAGAACUGAAGCUCGACGGUGAAGCAGUUUACGUGCUGGCCGGUGGUCUGGGCGCUCUUGGCCUGGAUAUUGCGAAUUGGAUGGUGCAAUGUGGUGCGAAGAAUCUGGCUUUCCUGUCCCGAUCGGCUGGCGCAAAGAAUCAACAGGAUCUGCAGAAGUUCACCGAGCGCUCUGUCCGAGCGGAGGCGUUCAAAUGCAAUAUUACAGAUGCUGCCAGCGUUGCCAAAGUCUUCGACUCCAUCAAAGCCCGUGGCAGCAGGAUUGCCGGGGUGAUCCAACUUGCCAUGGUUCUCGAAGACGGCAUCUUCGACAACAUGUCGUUUGACCAAUGGCGCCAUGCGAUUGAGCCCAAGACCAAGGGCUCACGCAACCUGCUGGCCAACAUCUGGCCGGGUGACAAAACCUUCUUCAUUUUGCUGUCGUCCAUCACCGGUGUCAUUGGCAAUACGGCGCAGGCCAACUACGCUUCCGGAAAUACCUUUGAGGACGCGCUGGCACAUCACGCCCACACCCAUCUCGGCAUCAACGCUACCAGUAUUGACGUCGGCUUGGUCUCUGACUCGUCGCACUUCACCACAGCUGGCGAAUUCGGCGACCUCGCCAGCUACUUGGGCAGAUACCAGCACGGCUGGCGAGGCCUGCAGACGAACCUUGGCGAGCUCGGCGUCGUGAUCCGCGCUAUCAUGCGACGCUCGACCAAAGGACAGAGAACGCCCGCCCAGAUCAUUCUCGGUCUGGGUGAUCGCAUCGAGCACCAGGUGAACACCGGAGGCUUUUCCAGAGAUAAGAAGUUUGAACUCCGUGUCGUAAAAGUCGAUAACAAGGCCGGCGAUGAUACGGCAAAGCAAGAUGUGGGCACUCUUUUGGCGAAUGCGACAAAUAUGGCUGAGGCUGCCGCUGCUGUAGAAGAUAACAUCAAGGAGCUUGUCGCGGCGGCCAUGGGUGUCUCUUUGGGAGAGGUCGAUGCUCAAAAGCCUCUCUAUGACUAUGGUGUCGAUUCACUACAGGCUGUCGACAUUCGGAAUCGUGCUCUUUUGAACAUGCGAAGCGAUAUCUCUGUCUUCGAUAUUCUGAGUGCUAUGCCGCUAGCCGAUGUCGCGAUGAAAAUUGCAGCCAAGAGUCAAUUGGUCAAGGUCACUGCAGGUGAGGAUUGA